AUGAAGCAGAGUGUAACCAUGCAUGAUGCAUCUGAGAUAAGGAAGUUUGGGCACAUUGAAGUGGACUAUAAGGCCCCAGCUGAUGCUGUGAAACCUCUGUAUCUCCAGUAUGCUAAGUUAGAGGAAGACUAUGGUCUGGCGAAACGAGCUAUGCGUGUAUAUAAUCAAGCGACAAAAGCUGUUCCACCCAAUGAGAAAUUGGGGAUGUAUGAAAUUUACAUUGCACGGGCUGCUGAAAUUUUUGGUGUUCCAAAGACUCGAGAAAUAUACGAACAGGCAAUUGAAUCCGGCCUGCCCGACAAGGAUGUUAAGACAAUGUGUCUGAAGUACGCCGAACUUGAGAAGAGCCUUGGAGAAAUUGAUCGUGCUCGUGCAUUAUAUAAACAUUCAUCGCAAUUUGCAGAUCCUAGAUCCGACCCUGAUUUCUGGAAUAAAUGGCAUGAGUUUGAAGUGCAGCAUGGAAAUGAAGACACCUUCAGAGAAAUGCUCCGCGUGAAAAGAAGUGUUUCUGCAAGCUACAGUCAGGUAAAUUUGGUGAAAUAA